GGUGGAGCCCGAUCUCCAGGCCCUUGCCCCCUCCCCUGCCUCCUUCCUCCCCCAGGGCCACCAUGAAUGGGGCUGAGCCUCAACUGUCUCCCUCCCACUCAGGACAAUGCCCCCCACAGCCAUCUUGUGCCCGUCGCCACUGCCCUGAGGCAGCUGAUGUGAGGAGACCCCAUUUCUGCACUCCGUAGUGGUGGUCUUAUGCUGACUGACUUCCUCCAGGCUCCUGUGAUGGCUCCCUGGUCUCCCUUCAGCCUCCACCUGCUGCUGCUGUUCCUGCCGCUGCUGCCUUUGACCAGGGUCCAUCGCUUCUCUGUACCAAAUACCAGCUUCAACCACCUGGUGCUGGCACCAGAUCAGGGCAAACUCUACGUGGGUGCAGUGAAUCACCUCUUUCAGCUCAGCCCUGAGCUGAAGAUGGAGUCUGUGGCUGUCACUGGCCCUGUCAUUGACAGUCCUGAUUGUGUGCCUUUCCGUGACCUGGCUGAGUGCCCACAGGCCCAGCUCACUGACAAUGCCAACCAGCUCUUGUUGGUGAGCAGCAGGACACAGGAACUGGUGGCUUGUGGGCAAGUGAAGCAGGGUGUAUGUGAGAAGCGGCGCCUUGGGGAUGUGACUCAAGUGUUGUACCAGGCUGAGGACCCUGGUGAUGGGCAGUUUGUGGCUGCCAAUACCCUGGGAGUGACCACAGUAGGCCUAGUGGUGCCCUUGCCAGGCCGAGACCUCCUGCUAGUGGCCAGAGGCCUGGCAGGCAAGCUGUCAGCAGGAGUGCCACCCCUAACUGUGCGCCAGCUGGCUGGGCCACAGCCUUUCUCCAGUGAAGGACUGGGAAGACUUGUGGUCGGUGACUUUUCAGACUACAACAAUAGCUAUGUAGGAGCUUUUUCUGAUGCUCACUCUGCCUACUUUGUGUUCCGUCGCCGUGGGGCUCGGGCCCAGACUGAGUAUCGCUCCUAUGUAGCUCGUGUCUGCCUCAGAGAUGUCAACCUUUAUUCCUAUGUGGAAAUGCCACUUACCUGCCAUGGCCAGGGCCUUAUCCAGGCUGCCUUCCUUACUCCAGACACUUUGCUAGGUGCAUUUUCAGCAGGCACAAGUCAGGCACAGGCGGCCCUGUGUGCCUUUCCCUUAGCUGACCUGGACAGGAGUAUGGAACAAGCCAGGCGACUUUGCUAUACUACUGGUGGUCAGGGUCCUAGCGGCAUGGAAGAAGCCACUGUGGAGUAUGGUGUCACAUCCCGUUGCGUCACUUUGCCUCCUGACUCCCCCGAGUCAUACCCCUGUGGUGAUGAACACACCCCCAGCCCCAUCGCAGGCCGCCAACCCCUGGAGGCCCAGCCUCUGCUGCAACUGGGACAGUCCAUCAGUGCAGUGGCUGCUCUCCAGACAGAUGGGCACACGAUAGCCUUCCUGGGAGACACCCAAGGCCAGCUACAUAAGGUCUUUCUAAACAGCUCCCAUGGCCAGGUAUACCAUUCCCAGCAAGUGGGGCCCCCAGGCUCAGCCAUCAGUCCAGAUCUGCUGGUAGACAGCAAUGGAGACCACCUCUAUGUCUUGACUGCCCAGCAGGUAGACCGGAUACUUGUGGCAGCCUGUCCUCAGUUUCCUAACUGCACUACCUGUCUCCAGGCCAGGGACCCACUAUGUGGUUGGUGCAUCCUUCAGGGAAGGUGUACUCGGAGAGGCGAGUGUGGACGGGCAGCCCAGCCAAACCACUGGCUGUGGAGCUACGAAGACAACCACUGCCCUUACAUCCAGAGCCUGCUACCAGCCCAACACCCCCGUCAGGAACAGGGUCAGAUCAUUCUGUCUGUUCCUCGGCUGCCCACCCUGGCCAUGGAUGAAUACUUCCACUGUGCUUUUGGGGGCUACAACAGUCUAGCUCAGGUGGAAGAACCCCAUGUGGUCUGUACCACCCCUCCUCAAGAUCAGAUGCCACCUAAUCCUCCAGGCUCAGAUCAUGUCACCUUGCCCCUGGCCCUAAUGUUUGAGGAUGUGGUAUUGACCGCCACCACAUUCUCCUUCUAUGACUGCAGUGCUGUUCAGGCCUUGGAAGUGGCUGCCCCGUGCCGCGCUUGUGUGAGCAGCCUGUGGCGGUGCCACUGGUGCCCCCAGAGUAGCCACUGUAUAUAUGGAGAGCACUGCCCAGAGGGUGAAAAGGCUGUCUACAGUGCCCAGGAGGUGGACAUCCUGGUUCGUGGCCCAGAGGCUUGCCCCCAGGUUGAGGGUCUAGCAAGUCCCCAGUUGGUGCCUGUGGGUUGGGAGAGCCAUGUGACCCUGCACAUUCAGAACCUUCACUAUUUCCAAGGUCUGCCUGCCUUGUACCACUGCUGGCUAGAGCUGCCUGGAAAACUGCAAAAGCUACCUGCCUCCUUAGAGGAGACAUCCAGGGACUCUGGCCUCAUUCACUGCCAGGCCCAGCAGUUCUACCCCUCUAUGUCUCAGUGGGAGCUCCCAGUGCCCAUCUAUGUAACCAGGGGUGAGAUCCAGCGGCUGGACAAUGCUGGUGAUCUUCAUGUGACUCUAUAUGACUGUGCCAUGGGUCACCCUGACUGCAGCCACUGCCAGGCGGCCAAUGGGAGCCUGAGCUGUUUGUGGUGUGGUGAUGGCCAGCCUGCCUGCCGCUAUGGGCCUUUGUGCCCACCAGGUGCUGUGGAACAGCUAUGCCCUAUACCCAGCAUUGAUGUGAUUGAACCCCUGACUGGUCCCCCAGAAGGUGGCUUGGCCAUCACCAUCCUGGGUUCCAACCUGGGCCAGGCCUUUAAUGAUGUGCGAAAUGCUGUAACUGUGGCUGGCCAGCCCUGCAACCCUGACCCUUCUCUCUACCGCAUCUCUGCUCGGAUUGUAUGUGUGACAUCUCCUGCUCCCAAUGGCACUGCUGGGCCAGUCCAAGUGGCCAUUAAGAGUCGUCCUCCUGGCAUCUCAACCCAGAACUUCACCUACCAGGACCCUGUCCUGCUGAGCCUGAAUCCUCAGUGGGGCCCCCAGGCAGGGGGCACCCAGCUCACCAUCCAUGGGCAGUAUCUCCAGACAGGAGGCAACAUCAGUGUCUUUGUGGGUGACCAACCUUGCCCUAUCCAGGAGCCUGUGUGUCCUGAAGCCAUCAUAUGCCACACCAUGCCCCAGACUGAGCCAGGAGAAGCAGUGGUCCUCAUAGUCUUUGGGCAUGUUGAACGCAAACUGCUCACCACCCCUUUUCGAUACACAGCCAAUCCCCAACUGGUGGAAGCAGAGCCUAGUGUCAGCUUCCGGGGAGGUGGACGAGUGAUUCGAGUCAGGGGUACAGGCUUAGACGUUGUGUGGCAGCCCUUGCUGUCUGUGUGGCUGGAGGAUGAGCCCAAAGUAAAGGCCUUGGGGGUUCAGGCCCAGGAUGCGAACCCAAGGAGGAGCUGUGGUGCCCCUGCUGCAGAUCCUCAGGCCUGUAUCCAUCUUGAGAGUGGCUUACUACAGUGUUCCACGCUCUGCUCUGUCAACUCAUCCAGCCUCCUCCUGUGCCACAGUCCAGCAGUGCCAGAUGGGGCCCUCCCAAAGCGAGUCUUCUUUGCCCUAGACAACAUGCAAGUAGACUUUGCCAGUGCUAGUGGGGGCCAGGGAUUCCUAUACCAGCCUAACCCUCGCCUGGCUCCACUUAGUCAUGAGGGGAUUACUCACCCCUACCACCUCAAGCCAGGCCAUGUCCUAGAUGUGGAGGGCGAGGGCCUCAAUCUGGGGAUCAGCAAGGAGGAGGUGCAGGUGCAUAUUGGAGAUGGAGAGUGCCUGGUGAAGACACUGACGCUUACUCACUUGUACUGUGAGCCACCACCCCAAGCCCCUCAACCCACCAAUGGUUCAGGCACCCUGCCGCAGUUUGUGGUGCAGAUGGGCAACCUGCGCCUGGCUCUAGGCCCUGUCCAGUACGAAGCAGAGUCCAUGAUGUCCACCUUUCCUGUGGAGGCCCAGUUGGGCCUGGGCAUGGGUGCUGCCGUGCUGAUUGCUGCGGUGCUCCUCCUCACCCUCAUGUACAGGCACAAGAGCAAGAAGGCCUUGCGAGACUAUCAGAAGGUGCUGGUGCAGUUGGAGAACCUGGAGACUGGUGUGGGUGACCAGUGCCGCAAGGAGUUCACAGACUUGAUGACUGAGAUGACAGACCUCACCAGUGACCUAGAGGCCAGUGGGAUUCCCUUCCUGGACUACCGAACAUAUGCUGAGCGUGCCUUCUUCCCCGGCCAUGUUGGCUGCCCACUGCAGCCAGGGCUCGAGGGGCUUGGGGAAGAGGGUCGCAGUGUCACCGUGCGCCAGGGUCUCACACAACUCUCCAAUUUGCUCAACAGCAAGCUCUUCCUUCUCACACUCAUCCACACCUUAGAGGAGCAGCCAAGCUUCUCCCAGCGGGACCGCUGCCAUGUGGCUUCACUACUUUCCCUGGCUCUGCACAGCAAGCUUGAGUAUUUGACCGACAUCAUGAGAACUCUGCUUGGUGACCUAGCGGCCCAUUAUGUACACAAGAACCCCAAGCUCAUGUUACGCAGGACGGAGACCAUGGUAGAGAAGCUGCUCACCAACUGGCUAUCUAUCUGUCUCUACACCUUCUUGAAGGAAGUGGCUGGCGAGCCACUGUACAUGCUUUUCCGAGCCAUCAAGUACCAGGUGGACAAGGGCCCUGUGGACGCUGUGACAGGCAAGGCAAAACGAACUCUGAAUGACAGCCACCUGCUACGAGAGGAUGUGGAGUUCCAGCCCCUGACCCUGAUGGCACUGGUGGGACCAGAGGCUGAUAGGGCAGCAGGGAACAGUGGAGUGCAUCGAGUGCCAGCCAGGGUGCUUGAUACAGACACCAUCACCCAAGUCAAGGAGAAGGUGUUGGACCAAAUCUACAAGGGAACCCCCUUCUCCCAGAGGCCUUCAGUGCACUCCCUAGAUCUUGGUCCCAGAUGGAGCAACAGUGGUACUCAUUCCUCAGGUGCACAAUGGUGGCACUGUUUCCCAGAGUCUGGGCCAGACUGGCUGCCCUUCUGGAGAGAACACUCCCAUGCUGGAAGAUGGUGAGGAAGGUGGAGUUCGGCUCUGGCACCUGGUAAAGGCCACUGAGGAGGCAGAAGGGGCCAAAGUGCGGCGCAGCAGCCUCCGAGAUCGAGAACGAGAACGGUCACGAGCCAAGGCCAUUCCUGAAAUCUAUCUUACUCGCUUACUUUCAAUGAAGGGCACCCUGCAGAAGUUUGUGGAUGACACCUUCCAGGCCAUUCUUAGCAUGAAUCGGCCUGUGCCUAUUGCUGUUAAGUACCUAUUUGACUUCCUGGAUGAGCUGGCAGAGAAACAUGGCAUUGAAGAUCCAGAGACCCUGCACAUUUGGAAGACAAACAGCCUACUUCUGCGAUUCUGGGUGAAUGUCUUGAAGAACCCACAGCUCAUCUUUGAUGUACAAGUGUCAGACAACGAGGAUGCCAUCUUGGCUGUCAUUGCACAGACUUUCAUCGAUUCCUGCAUGGUCUCGGAGCAUAAAGUGGGCCGGGAUUCCCCAGUGAACAAACUGCUCUAUGCCCGGGAGAUCCCUCGCUACAAGCAGAUGGUGGAGAAGUACUAUGCGGACAUUCGCCAGAGCUCUCCAGCAAGCUAUCAAGAGAUGAACUCAGCUCUGGCUGAACUCUCUGGGAAUUAUUCCUCUGCUCCCCACUGCCUGGAGGCUCUUCGAGAACUUUACAACCACAUCCACAGGUAUUAUGACCAGAUUAUCAGUGCCCUGGAGGAGGACCCUGUGGCCCAGAAGAUGCAGCUGGCUUGCCGCCUGCAGCAGGUGGCUGCCUUGGUGGAAUACAAAGUGACUGACCUGUGAACUAGGGCCACAGUGAUUACCUGAGACCUGCCAACUUAUAUAACAGUGAGCAGGAUCCACCACCAAAGUACCUUAUGACCCUGACUAAGCAGUGACUGAGGAGGGGGGGGGGGUCAGUAAGGCUAUCUAGAGUGCCUACUGCCCCCAUCAGCUUGAUUCUAAUUUAUAAUGAUCCCUACCCUCUUUCCCACUGUAUUUAUAUUUGCUUGCUGGAAAAUCACACCUGGAAAUAAAGUAGAAACACAUCUUUUUAAAAACAA